AUGCCGUUACAAAAUCUUCCUCCUGAAGUGCUCGUCAAAAUUAUCAACAGUCUCCCUACUAUGGGGGAUGUUGUGGCCUUGUCGCACCAAAAUCGAGGACUGCAUAGUAUCAGCGAUGUCUCCAAUCGCCAAAAAUAUCAUGAAUUUCAGCUUGGUCGAGAAGGACAGGAGAGUUUUACAGUUCAGCUGCAGGCUGGUCAGAACAUGCUGCUUGAAAUCUUGGCCAACCCCUCUCUCGGAGGCUAUCUUCGUCGCCUAGUCUUGUAUGGGAGUGAAACGGGCUCCGGCUUUUCUCCCUACGAAUCCGAGCCCGUUCCUCAACGAUCGUUUUCUCCGGAGGAUAUCCACAGACUCAAGCAGGCCCUCAAGAAGGCCGGCGUAGAAAAAGUCCAGGAUAGAGAAUCUAUCCUAUCCAUCCUUUGGCAAGAUCCGCUCUACUUUAGGUCUCCCUCUUAUCCGAAAGCAAUCGAGUUCAGAGAUGCGCUUAUUAUGAUGCUAGCCGCAAAUGCCCCCAACCUUGAAUCCCUAUCUAUGUAUCCCAUAGAAUUCCCUCAAAACAUGCUCAAGUCACUUCUCCAGCGAGCUUCUAAAGCAGCACCCGGCUCAGUUCCAUACUGCCAAAAUCUCAAGGAGAUCAACUUCCACCCAGAUGAUGCUCGAAACCAGGGCACGACAUAUGUGGAAGAUCCAUACUACGAUCGCCUAAACGUGGUACGAAAACUGCCAGCUAUUGAGUCCGUCACUUUCAAAUUAGCAUCGUGGGAUAACAACGCAGGACUACCACUUCCACCGCACUGCGCCAAUUACAGCAAGAUUAGCUUCACACACUCCUUGAUGCAGGAAUAUGAUCUUUGUCGAAUCAUUGAGUCGUCAAAAACACUAAAGAGCUUCACUUUCACCGUAGAUGGGCGAAAGGACCCGGAAGGGGGUAUUACUAUACUAAGCGUGGUGCCAUUACUUCAGUCCCUUUGGUUUCAUCGACAUACCCUAGAGGUACUGGAUCUUGACAUGGAAUCUUGUACGAAUUGGCAAGAGUUUUAUGAUACGAAUUACCAGCUGGAUGAGAACGAAGGGCUCGAUGAGGAUGAACAGAAAUUUUAUGAAGAACAAUACGCAGAUGAGCUUCGUGAUCUAGCCACUCACAAGCUAGAAGUUCCACCAUCCUGUAUCUCAUUGAAAGAUUUCCCGAAACUCAAGAGUCUCAGUCUCGGUGUCCACACUCUAUGCUAUCUUGCGCGGGGUGUAGGAUCCAGCCGGGAUCGAUUCCCCGAUGGUCGGAUCAGGCCUCAAUCCUUCAAUCUAAUUGAUCAUUUACCUCCCAAUCUCGAAUCUCUGUGUGUUUAUGGACGGGGAGAGGGGCCGCAUGGUUUCAAGUCGUCUGUCCUAGAGUCUGAUCUAGAUGUGGAUGCUCAACUUGAACGACUAUCGCGCGAAAGGGAUUCCAAAUCAUUGAAGAUCCUUGAAGGCAUUGCUACUCCUAUUCCAAAUGGAAAGGUAGUGGAUGACUGGGCAGAUAAUAACGAUCGAACGCUUUAUUGGAAGGAUCCAGAUGAUAACAGAUUUGACGAUGAGGAGCGCAUUAUGCUGGAAGCGGAGGAAAAGUACAAGAAAAUAUUUGCUUGCAUGAAGGACAGCGACCCCUACAAGCCUAUGUUAGCUCGAUAUCUAGCCACAUUAUCUAAAAAAUAG